AUGGCGUUAGGCGAAACGAUAAUGACCAAUGUGUUUGGAGGUCUCUCCAACGACUUCAAAAAAAAGAACUUCUCCCUUUAUGGGCAGUGGAUAUCCAUAAUCACAAUAUUCUUGUGCCUAGCACUCGGAAUCGCCAAUAUUUUCCACUUCGGCUUGGUCAUUAUCUUCUCGAUCAUCUGUAUAGUCCAGGGACUUAUUGUCAUUUUUGUUGAAAUUCCAUUCUUGUUGAAAAUUUGUCCCUUCACAGACACAUUCACCAAUUUCAUCCGUAAUUUCGAUGCCAAUUUGCCACGUUGUGGCUUCUACUUGUUGAAUGCCGUGAUUCAAUGGUUGAGUUUGACUUUGCAAGCUACCAGUUUGAUUGUUGUUGCUGUGUUUUUCACCAUAAGCAGCGCAUGCUAUGGGUUAGCUUGGGCCAAGAACCAAGAGUACAUGAAGUCAAGCAUUGAUGUUACUGGAACGCGUGGACAAGGUGGUGCUUUGGAAGCUCAAGUCAACGAGCACGUUGUGAGAAAUGUUUUGUAG